AUGUUUGACUUUGGAUUUCAGUGGAGACAUGAUGAAAGAAAUUACAGAAAUAUCCCUACAUCCCAUAACCAAAAUGUCACUGAUAGAAGAAGUCAACACGGUGGAAGGGAUGCAGGAAACAACCAUAUUGGAAAUAGACUUGUGUUAAGCCUUCAGGAUGAACUGCAUAUGUUUAAAAGUAAACAGAAAAUUGAUGAUUUUAAUAAAGCUAAUAAGAGUAUCAACAGUACUUCCUCAUUUUCACCAGUUGAAGGAAUUUCUCCUCCUGUCCAAACCAACAUUUCUAAUAUAUAUUUUAUGCAUCCUUCAAUACUGACACAAGACCAGAGCCCACACAGGGAAAUACUUUACAAAUGUAAUGAGUAUGGCAAAACGUUUCAUCAGGGCUCAAAUCUCAGGAGUCAUCAGAGAAUCCAUGUAGGAGAGAAAUUACAUAAAUGUGAUGUAUGUGACAAGGUCUUUAGCCGAAAUUCAGAUCUUGUAAUUCAUCAAAGAAUUCAUACUGGAGAGAAACCUUACAAAUGUAAUGAGUGUGGCAAGGUCUUUAGUACAAAAGGAAAGCUUUCAGUUCAUCAGAGAAUUCAUACUGGAGAGAAACCUUACAAAUGUAAUGAGUGUGGUAAAACCUUUAAUCAGAGAUCAAUCCUCACUCGACAUUGGAUAAUCCAUACAGGAGAGAAAUUACAUAAAUGUGAUGUAUGUGACAAGGUCUUUAGUCAAAAUUCAGACCUUGUAAUUCAUCAAAGAGUUCAUACUGGAGAGAAACCUUAUGAAUGUAAUGAGUGUGGCAAGGUCUUUAGUCAGAAAAGAAAGCUUUCAGUUCAUCAGAGAAUUCAUACUGGAGAGAAACCUUACAAAUGUAAUGACUGUGGUAAAACCUUUAAUCAGAGCUCAACCCUCAGUCGACAUCGGAUAAUCCAUACAGGAGAGAAAUUACAUAAAUGUGAUGUGUGUGCCAAGGUCUUUGGUCAAAAUCCAGACCUUGUAACUCAUCAGAGAAUUCAUACUGGAGAGAAACCUUACAAAUGUAAUGAGUGUGUCACAGUCUUUAGUCAAAACACAAACCUUAGAAUCCUUACUGGAGAGAAACCUUACAAAUGUCAUGAGUGUGGCAAAGUCUUUUGUGAGAAGACAACCCUUACAAGGCAUCAAGAAAUUCAUAUUGCAGAGAAACCUUACAAAUGUAAUGCGUGUGCCAAGGUCUUUAGUCAAAACCUCCAACUUCGAAUUCAUUGGAAAAUACAUAAUGGAGCAAAUUACAAGAGUAAUGAUUGUGGCAAAGUGUUUAGUCAAAAUGCAAACCUUGUACGUCAUCAGAGAAUUCAUAAUGGUGAGAAGGCUUACAAAUGCAAUGAGUGUGGCAAGGUCUUUCGUCAGAGUUCAACCCUUUCAAGCCUUCAGAGAAUUCAUAAUGGUGAGCAGUCUUAG